AUGGCCGAACCGCUCAAUAGUAAGAUAACUAAAUAUCAAGUUGAUUCGGCAGCUUUAACCCGUUAUCUAGGGCAAUUGUGUGUUAAGGAACAUAAGAGGCGAGUAAUUCGGCAUAAGGACAGAGAUCCGAAUGAUUUCAUUGGGUUAACAUCACAGAUAAUCAAUGUUUCGAGCUCCGAAAUAUCUUGUAUAAAUUCUGAAAGUGUAUUUGGUCCUUUCAUGACAGAUUCAGUGCUUAACAUGUCUAAUAUUGACAUAAUUUGCAAAUACAAGCUGAGGGAAGAUCAAAUUGAAAUAUGGACACCACCCAUAAAGCAGGGAAGUAAAUUGAAGAGUUUGAAAAUGUUUGUUAUUCCAAUAAAAAGUGAAAGCAUGCCUUUUCUCGUGGCACAAAGUAAGUUUUUUAAGUCCCGUCUAAGGAAAAAGGAAUCUUUAUGGACGGAAAAGCCUUACAUCAGACAUUUGAAUAUUUCAAUUACACCUAACUCAUAUACUCUUAACUUUACAAUAUAUUCCUCUAUAAGGGUCAAGCAGUCGUUGGAUGCUUUCAACUCGGUGGAUUUCAUAAAGUCUUUCAAUGAGCUUGCAUCCUUUAUUAUUACACCAGAACUUACAAAAUAUGAAAAAUCCGGGUAUGAUAAGGAGAACGAAGACUGGCAGAUUAAGGAGCAUCCAAAUGAAGCAAACUUUUAUGCUCAAAUUACAAGAAAUACCCAAAGCAUUGCUUUUCAUAGUGAAACGCAAUCUCAAACCAUUCCUGGAUUGAGUAAGCAUCUUUUAGGAUUUCAAAUGGAAACAUUACAAUGGCUUCUUGGGCAUGAAGGGAUGGAAAUUUUACCUACUGCUCAAAAUUUUGCUGAUGGUUCUGACAGUCGAUCAUUUGUUGUUAAACAAAUUGUAGAUCAUAUUUUGCCUCAUCUCGUGGAUGAUGAAGCAUUGUCUGAAGCUUUAGAUAAAUACUGCUUUGGAUUUUCAAGGGUUCGGCUUUCUUCUAAUCCCGACAAAUAUUACUGGUGUAAUAUGUUCACAGCUAAUAUCUCGACCAGAGAUUAUGCUAUAAGCACGAUACGAAAUGCCUUUGGCUCUGGGCUUAGAGCUAAGGCAUUAUUAUCGGAAGAGAUGGGACUUGGUAAAACAGUGGAAAUGCUGUCUUUAGUUUUGAUGAAUCCAAGAAAGGAUUAUGCUCCGUUCGAUACGAAGAAAUUAGAUGCAUUUACCGGUGACAGGUAUUUGUCAGAAUGUAAAACCACGCUUAUUAUAUGUCCACAGACCAUAAUUGGGCAAUGGUUGUCUGAGAUUCGAGAAGCAACACAUCUUUCCGUCAUGAUUUACGAAGGUAUAUCGGACUACGAGAAGCAAGCACAAAAAGCAAAUACCUUGGUAAAUCCAACUAAUAUUGCUCGAGAGCUUUCUCAUUAUGAUAUUAUUCUUGUUUCUUACCAUACUGUUUCAAGAGAAUUGCAUAGGGCAGUCUUCAAGCCUACGAGGAGGCCCAAAAGAAGAUGCACUAAACGACUUAAGUUUUUUGACCCAAACGUUACGUAUGAUUACAGUGGUAAAAUUGUAAUGAAGAAUCAUGAUGAAUCCCAGCAUUCUGAUAAUAACUCUAAAGUCGUGGGCAAUGGUCGAAGUGACGGUUAUAUUGGUGAGACGGAUGACUAUGAAAGAAUAGACUAUUCUUCCCCUCUCAUGCUGCUAGAGUUUUGGAGAGUUGUUUUAGAUGAAGUUCAAAUGACUGCUAGUAUUAACACUAAUGCAGCAAAGUUUGCACGUAUAAUUCCAAGAGUUCAUUCAUGGGGAGUUUCGGGAACACUGAUCAAAAAUGGACUGGACGACUUAUACUCUUUGCUAUGCUUUUUAAGAUAUCAUCCUAUUGAUCGAUUCACGAUAACCUCGUCGGAAUCACCUUGGAAACUCCUCACAGAUGUUGCGCCAUAUUAUCAGUUUUCAAGAUUGUUUAAAUCUAUUUGCCUUCGCCAUACCAAGAAGAUGGUAUCGGAUCAGAUUAGAUUGCCGAAACAGAGUAGAAUUUUGCUUCGGGCACCUUUCACCAGUAUUGAACGCGAUAAUUAUGAUUUUUUACUUGAUCAAUUCUUAGCACAAGUAGGUCUUGAUGCUAAUGGUGAUCCGACAGUGGAGGAUUAUGAUCCAGAAAGAUCAUACGGGACCAUGCAGAGAUGGUUAAGAGAAUUAAGGCGAAUAUGUUGCCACGCACAAUUAGGCAAGCAAAUUUCUUCUAAUAAACACGCUAAUGGGAAUGAUGACCAUGAAAAAUUGGUCAUAGGUACUAUCGGUGAUGUGUUGAGUGAUUUGAUUAAAAGAUCAAGCACGGAUUUAUCAAGUAAUCAGAGAGCAUAUUACUCGUUGGAACUUAGGAAGGGUAAGAUUUUCGAAUUUAUGCGCCUUCCAGACAGCUCUCAAAGUCUAUUUGAAAGUUUGGUAAUUGAACUUGAAAAGAGAAUUAAUGAUGUUAAAAAUGAGCCAGUAAUAGAAAAGAUGGCGAACGUUUCCAAACUAAGACCUUGGUUGGAAUUGUUACAUCAAGCUUACUUUUUGUUAGCGUCAUCACAUUUUCAGCAUUACAGACCAAUGAAACCUUUGCCCGAUAAUUUUGAUGAACUUGUUGAAAUUGAAUCUCAGGAGUCAGGAGAGGAAAAAAUAAAGAUAGACUCAGCAUUAUUCAGUGCGGAUGAAAAGAAGCAUUUUGAUCUGGAAAAUACUUAUUAUAAUAAGGCAGAUAAGUUGCUUUUACAAAUAUUGGAAGAUCCCUUGAAAAAGGUUAGCUUGUGUAUUACAAGAAUGGUUGAAAAAUUUGGUUGCAUUGCCAGAUACAAAAUACCUUUGUCCACCCUUCCCUCACCACUCAUCAAGAGUUUGAAAAGUAUUCUUGAUGAGAAAAUGCUGAUGAAAUCAAUUCAGGCUUGCCGAGUGACUGAUCUCACUUUAAUUGCAUUUCAAAGCAAUUUUGGAUUUAAUACUAGGACUUCUUUGUUUUUCAACAGAGCCAAAAAGUGUUUAGAAGAAUUGAAUGUACAAUCGCAUGUCAUCAACGCUUGGAUUACAAAAUUGUCUGUGGUUUUAAAGCAGCCUGUUGCAAAUUAUGCGGACACAACCAAAGAUGCCACGGGUGAGGAAUAUGGUCAAACACUUGUGAAUCAAGAACUUGCAAAUACAUACUUGGAAUCCUUACAGAAUAUGCUAGAAGAUCGAGAACAUUCAAUUAUCUCUGUUGAGUCCAUUAAUAAAUACAAGAAAGGUCGCAUAUUCAAUGUUUCGGAAGUUACUGAUUUGAACAGAACAGUAAAUACGGAAUUGCACAAUAAAUUAGAAAAAAUUAGGAAGGAUUAUAUGCCUGAUGGAUGCUUUAAUACUAAUUAUACAUUGAAGCACUUAUGGUUAGAAGUAACAGACAUUGAAAUUGGAAUGAAUUCCUUAGAAAGUAAUGGUUCUGAAGAGCUCCGAUCCAUGAUAUCAACAACAAAGGGUAUGCUUAAAACAGAAUUAGAUCUCCAAAAGAAGGACAUCAAAAAUUUAAGAUCGAGGAUAUUUGAAAUCUUGGAUGAUUCGUUUAAUUCUAAGGUGGCCUACUUUAAGGCAUUGCAGAUUAAAUCUGAUACAUUGCAGAAGUAUAUACCUGUAAAGCAAGUGUUUUCUGAUGCAACACCUUACCAAAAGGCAGUGGAAGAUAUGAACAGUGUGGAUCGGCAACUUCAGAUUCUUCAGGGAAAAAUAAGGAAGGGAACAGUAAGACUGAGGUACUUGAGGACUUUGCUUCCAGCACAAAAGGGCUCUUCUGAAAGCGAUGAUAAUCGAGUUGGAGAAGAGCGUGUAUGUGUUAUUUGUCGAUCAGAAAUUCUUGUGGGGAUCCUCACAUCAUGUGGUCAUCAAUACUGCAGAGAUUGUCUUCAUAUAUGGAUGAAGAACAAGCCGACAUGCCCGGUGUGUAAGCGUAUUCUUCAUAAAUCCGACCUUUAUGUUUUCACAAGAACCCAGAAAAAGCUAAGUGGUGGUUUAAUACAAGGUUCUGAGUCUGAUCAUAAUUCGAACAAAAAGUCUGGUUCUAAAAGUGAGCUUCCCGCUGGUGAUCCGGAUGAUGAGGAAGUGAAUAAAUUAAGUAAUACCAGAUUGAUGGAAAAAGAUUUAUUCAAGGUUUAUAAAUCAUUGGAUGAUGAUAUGUUAAGAAAAAUUGUUAGUAUUCCUUUGGUGGAAAGUUUCGGCUCCAAAGUGGAUAUGAUUGUAAGACAGGCCCUUUUUCUCCGGAAUCAAGAGGGUGGUGUACAAAUAUUGGUCUUUUCACAGUGGCCCCAAUUUCUUCACAUCUUAGGUCAAUCAUUAAAACAAAAUGGUGUCAGAUAUAUUUCUUCUGCAGACACGGGACACAAGAGGAGGAGAAGGGUGAGAGAAGAACGAGGCUUCGUUAACCGUCAUCAAAUAUUGAAAUUUACUGGGGAGGAGGGCAGCGAAAUUGAGGAAUUCAAAAGGAACCCUGAUAUCACAUGUUUCCUUCUUAAUGCUAAAGCACAGGCUGCAGGUUUGACACUGACAAAUGCCUCGCAUGUUUUUCUAUGUGAACCGUUGGUCAAUCUUUCUCUCGAACUUCAAGCUAUUAGCAGGGUUCACCGAAUUGGUCAAACAAAGCCAACGACAGUGUGGAAUUUUGUCAUUGAAGACACAGUGGAGGAAUCAAUUGCUUAUAUGUCCACCAAAAGGAGGAUCGAGCUUUCGAAGGAGCGGGCAGCGAUUCCAGAUGUAAGCAAUGAUAAAUUUGUUGAUGAGGAUGCUUUGGAUGUUACGGAGUUAUCGAAGAAUUCAGACAAACUCGUAGACAAAGAUGGGGAAGUCAUUGCGGAUAAUGAUCUUUGGGCAUCAUUUUUCGCCAAUCGAUCAGUACGAGUUGUUGACUCGGUUGUUGGCAUGCAUGCCAAGUGA